UAUGCCAGCCUAUUGAACAGUCACACAUACUCUGCAGCACUCUUUCCUAGUACUAGUACUAGUGUUGUGGGUGUUACUGUGUUAGUUGUUGCUGAAAUUUGUGUCUGCAUCUACAAUUCCCAACGAUUGUGCAAAUGUCAGAAACGUUGGGUAUGGAAACGCAACCUGUUCAAGUUGAAGGGGCCACUGAUGAUGCCAAUGGACAGAAUAAUUCUAACUAUGGGGCGACAUCAUUGGGUGAUGAACAGCGCAGCAGAGUUGAGGUCACAGAGAAGAGAACCAUGUGCACCCCGUGGCUGUUUGUUGGUCUUGGCUGGUUACCGAUAUCUGUCGGUCUCUCCUUGGCAUUAGCCAUCAUUGUGCCAUAUUGCAUCGCUGUCGGGCUGGGCCAUGUGUCGGCCGGUUUCCCUUACAUCAGUGACACAGGGACAGAGCCACCAGAAAGCUGUAUAUUCGGGCAACUUCUCAACAUUGCAAGUGCACUAGCCUUUGCCACCAUCUACGUCCGCUAUAAGCAAGUUGCGGAGUACUACCGUGAGGUGCCAGAGGGUGUCUUCAAGUGCAACAAGGCUGCCCUGGUCCUGGGUUCGCUUGCCGCCCUAGGGAUGAGCUUAGUUGCCAACUUCCAGGAAACAAACAUGAUCGUCUUUCAUGUGAUCGGAGCCAUGAUGUGUUUCGGCCUGGGUUUUAUCUACGGCUUACUCAUGAGUUGGAUCUCGUACAAGCUGUCACCGCAGCACUGUACCGUGGCCAUGUACCGGGCGCGUCUAGCUCUGUCCCUAGUGGCGAUGUUGUGCCUUGUCACAACCUUGCUAUUUGGUGGUUUGGCAAAUUCACAAUGGAAGGGGGAAGAUCUUCGAAAAUGGCUUCCAGAAGAUGGGGGCUUUGGGCUGCACGUGGCAAGCACGGUCUCCGAAUGGAUCAUGGCUAUCGCCUUCCUCUUCUAUUUCUUCAGCUACAUCAAAGAUUUCCAGAAGGUCGAGCUGGCCGCUGAGGUCAGGCGGUGUCAAAGGUUACUAAAUGUGACCUGUGACCCAAAUGCAUAAUCAGAGAGAUUAAGAGCGUUUUACAAAACUCGACUUCAUCUCCAGCUGUGGUUUAAGCAGAUAGUUGUCCCCUGACUUUUGGCUGACACCAGCUUCAAUACAGGUCCAUGUUUUUAAAUAAAAAUAUAAAAUUGUAUAAUGUAAAAUAAGGUUGAAGAGGGUUUAAAUUUGGUUGAAACGUUUCAGACUUCUAAACGACUCCGGAGCCAGCGAUGAAGUCUAAGCUGGGGACAAAUCCAGAGUUUAAGAAAUGGCUGAUGUAGAUCAUACAGGUCAAGGGACCUAAGGUUUAAUCAUUGCUCCCAUGUUUGUGCGAGGAUGAAGUUUGCAUAAAAUUGAUGCAUUCUCAGAGGUCAAGGUUCAUGCAUCCUCACAUAAUGAGUUGGAGAUCGCACAGUUUAAUCAUAACAAACAUUCUUUCAAAAUUGGAGUGUUCAAUUUGAAGACAUCGUUAUUAAUCAUGAGGUCACACGGCUUGAUCAAUCACAAGCAAUGGUUAAAACUUAUGUUUGAACAUAGUUUGAAUGCAUAAUUAAUCAGAAGUCAACAAAUUGAGUUGUUUGUUUUUUAUUGAAAUAUAAGCUCUUGCUGUAGUUACAAAAUGGACAUAUUGCA